AUGAAGCAAUUCACCUCCGCUCUGGCUAUCGCCAGCAUCGUCUCCUUGGUCAACGGCCAUGGCUUCGUUACCACUCCGAAGGCCCGCCAGCCCGGCACCGCAAUGGGAGCCGCCUGUGGCCAGCAAGUCCUGUCCAACCAAGGCUCUGACAAGUACGGCAACAUCCAAGGCGAGCUGCAGAUCGCCUCCAGCCAGAACGACUACAAAGCCGAGGAGUGCGAUAUCUGGCUUUGCAAGGGCUACAAGUUCGCCGACAACAAGGACAACGUCCAGUCAUACACGGCAGGACAGAAGGUCGACUUCACUGUCGACAUCCGCGCCCCCCACACCGGUGUCGCCAACGUUUCCGUCGUCGACACCGCUUCCAACAAGGUCAUUGGCAAGCCCCUGAUCUCCUGGGAUGAGUACGCCUCCACCGCCAGCGGUGUCACCGACGACGAGACCAACUUCAGCGUCACUAUCCCCGACGAUCUCGGAAGCCAGUGUGCCACCGCCGGUGACUGUGUGCUGCAGUGGUACUGGUUCGCCGAAUCCAUCGACCAGACCUACGAGUCGUGUGUCGACUUCACUCUCGGUGGAGCUGGUGGCGCGGCUCCGGUUGAGUCGUCGGCCUCGACCUCCAGCGCUACGGAUAUCGCUGUUACUUCAGCCCCUUCUGUCGCUGUUCAGACCCCCACCACAGCUGCUGUUCAGCCUACCUCCUCCUCCGCGGUUGCUGCUCAGCCUACUACUUUCGCUACCACUGCCCGUCAGUCGGCUACUUCCGCCGCGUCUCAAGCCCCUACCGCCAGCGCUGUUCCCUCCGCUAGCGCUUCGGAUCUGCCUUUCCCCACUGAUAGUGCCACGGAUGUCCUGACCUGGCUUCAGGCCCUCUUUGGCAACCUGGUGGGUAACUAA